ACUUGCACUUCAUUUUCAAACAACAUGUGUUAAGUCCACUUUAAUCAUGUGAGGUGUGAGGAUACUAUAGUGCAUAAUGCACACUGCGUAGUGUACAAGGCUGCUGAGAGGAGCUGUGGUACACUGUGACUAAUCGCCGCAUCAGCUAUUUCUGGCACGCAGGCAGCAGAGUUCACUGAAGCUGCACAAAGGUGGAACAUGAGCGCCUUCGUCACUCUCGCAACGGGCCAAAGGAUGCCCAUGGUGGGCCUCGGGACUUGGAAGAGUGCACCAGGACAGGUGAAACAGGCGGUGCUGGCAGCAUUAGACUGUGGCUACACACACAUUGACUGUGCAGCGGCAUAUGGCAAUGAACAGGAGGUGGGCGAGGCUCUGGCCCUCAGGGUUGGUCCUGGGAAGGCGUUGGGUCGCGAUCAAGUGUUUCUGACGUCCAAACUGUGGAACACCAAACAUGACCCCUCAGAUGUUGAGGAAGCAUGCAAGACCACCCUGGACCAUCUGGGUGUCUCCUAUCUAGACCUCUAUCUGAUGCACUGGCCUAUGGCCUUUCAACCAGGGAAGGAGCUGAUGCCUCGACGAGAAGAUGGGAGUGUGUGUUACUCCAAUACGCACUACAAAGACACAUGGGCCGCCAUGGAGGAGCUCGUAGACCAAGGUCUGGUCAAGGCCAUUGGUCUCUCCAACUUUAACGCCAGACAGACCGAUAACAUCAUCAGCACAGCCAGACACAAGCCCGUGGUCAACCAGGUGGAGUGUCACCCAUAUUUGUCCCAAGUCGAUCUUCUGGCUCACUGCAGGUCAGUGGCAGUGUGUCUGACAGCCUACAGUCCUCUGGGCAGCGGGGAUCGCCCUUGGGCCUCAGCUGACGAACCUUGUCUGCUGCAAGACCAUCGACUGGGAGAAAUAUCCAAGAGGUGCCAUAAAACACCUGCACAGAUCAUACUGCGGUGGCACAUUCAGAGGGGUGUUGUGUGCAUCCCCAAAAGUGUGACCCCCUCCAGGAUCCAGCAGAACCUGCAAGUGUUUGACUUCACACUGUCUGAGCAGGACAUGAAGCUCAUUGACUCCUUCAGUUGCAGCAAGCGUUUCAUCGUACCAACAGUGGAGAGGGAUGGCAAGAGAGUUUGGAGAGAUGCUGCACAUCCUCAUUUUCCAUUUCAUGAUCUUUACUGAGGAUGAAUAAUCAUCUGGAUUAAAACCUGAUUGACUUCCCCAUGAGAAUCAUUCACCCUCAAACCAUUUCAUCCUUAAAAAAUGUUCUCGGUACAGCAGUGUUAACAGCGCCACUGUGUGGUCAGUAUUAUAAUUACUCACGCACUGGUUUGGGUAAAUGUAAUAAUUUCAAACAAAGCACUAUUAACACUUUGUGAGAUUUUAUUUUCAACAAUAACCUUGACAAAUUUGUAAUACAUUAUAUGCUACUGUUUUAUUAAAAAAAAAAAGAA